CUUGACUUGAGAACCAAACAGCCUUGUGAUCUUGCUGUGAGAAGUAACUAUGAUAGAAGGAGCAGUGAACAGGAGAAGCGGUUGAAUGCUAUGACAUCAAAACAUCUUAAGAUGGCAAUGCUAGAACAAGAAAGAGCCGAGGAGAAUGUGCUGAAGCGUCUAGAACAACAAGUGCAAGAGAAAAAGGAUAUUUUAAACAAGAUUGAGAAGUUGAAAGAGCAGUUUUAUCAAAAGAAGACCCUUGAAUUUCAAAUACAACAGACGAAGGGAGAACUAAGUGUGAUGAAGCACAUGCCAUACGGUGAAGGUUCAGAAUUGAAGAAUAAAAUUGAUGAGUUGAAUAAGAAGCUGAAAGAAAAGGAGGAUGAACUGGGAAAAAUGCAGUCACACACCAACACUCUGAUUGUCAAGGACAGGGAAAGCAACGCUAUGUUACAAGAAGCUCGAGACAUACUGGAAGAAGGCCUUAAGCUUUCAACAAGUUGCCGGGCGCAUAUAGGAAUGAAGUUAGUCGGGCAGCUUGAUCCGAAACCUUUCUUAAAUGCUUGUUUACAGAGGCCGUCAGAAGGUGAUGCAGGACUUCGUGCUGGCGAACUUUGUUCAGAGUGGCAAGCUCAAAUUAUAAAUUCAAAUUGGCAUCCAAUUAAGGUUGUCGAGGUUGAUGGGAAAGAGCCGGUACAAAUCUUUACUUCACUGUUACCUUUUUCUCUCAAAUACUUACUUUUGUAUUAAUAGAAGAAAAAUGUUUGAAAUUUCAAUAUGCUAGGUUCUGUACCACACCACUGUACUUGCAGUAAU